AUGUUGGUGCAACGUACCAUCACCAAUCUUCUCAAAUGCCUCAAUUACCAUCCACCAAAGGUUGAUUCAGAGAGAAAGGAAUAUCUAGAAGAAGCUCUGCGCUCCGAGUUUUCUAUGCAUUCAAAUGAUAAGGCUUGGUUUGAUAUCGUCUGCGCACAAUCCGCAGCAAUGGCAUAUGGGUUUCAGCGCGGCAUGCUUGGCGGUACUGUAACUGACAAGAUUCCAAUUUUUAAGCAUUUUCGCAAUCACCUUGUAGAUAUGUAUGAGCUAUGGGAUGAAACUCCGGCGAAUUGCAUUAACACAUCUGCAAUGGAGUACAUCAACGGAUGCUCCCUCGAAGAAACUCCUAGCAUCAGGAAAAUGAAGCUCAAGACUAAUGCACGGGCAUGGCCUACCUACUUACGCACAAAGACGGGAGUCGCAGCGGCAUAUGGAUUUAUGAUCUUCCCGAGGAAUCUCCACUCCGAUAUUUCCGUCUAUAUUCAGGCUAUUGGAGAUAUCUGUACAUUUAUAGAUCUUACAAAUGACGUUCUUUCAUUUUACAAGGAAACACUCGCGGGAGAGAAAACCAAUUACAUUCACAACAGAGCAUUUAUCUCAGGAAUAUCGGUGGAAGACACACUUCUCGAGGUUGCGCAAGAUGUGCUAGACGCCCACACUCGCAUUGUAAGCACAUUAUCUACCGAAGAUGCCAUACGCUGCUGGAAGAACUUUGUGAAUGGAUACUUAGCAUUCCAUGUAACUCAGUCCCGUUACCGAUUACAAGAUCUUGGGUUUUAA